CUUUUCUGUUAACAAAUAAUUCGUGGCUGCGAUUUUCCAUUGUUUUGGUUUACAGAGAAUUUCUAAAUUCCACUGCAACUAUGAACUCGAUUCUAGUAUAUCAUUUGGUUUUUUUGCCUGUAUUUCUUUCCAUAUUUCUACCAAAUAAUUUAUUCGGCACAACUGUUGUGUUUGCUCACACCAAUGCAGAUGGUGAUACUGAUGCAGUUCCUCUUGAUACCUUUGUCACGUCACGUCCUAGGGACCCACACUCUGCUGUACCUGAAAAAUUUUACAACGCUCCACAAAAUUGUAAUCCACAUCCAUACAUGUAUCUUAUUAACCCUUCUACAUUGUGUGUCCAUAAAGAUGAGGUAUUCCUCUUAAUUCUUGUUCGCACAAUUUUUUCACAAUUUGAGCGUCGGAUGGCAAUUCGAGAGACGUGGGGAGACAAGAAAAAUUUCCGCAAUGUCAGUGUGGUAAUAGCUUUCCUCUUUGGUAGAGACCAAGACCUUCAUUUACAACCAUCUAUUCAUCGUGAAAGUGAAAUUUAUAAUGAUAUCAUCCAGGAAGAUUUUAUUGAUUCGUAUGGCAAUUUAACCCUCAAAACUGUUAUGGCCUGGAAGUGGGCAAGGCUCUAUUGUCUACAUGCCACUUUUGUCAUGGUGAUGAAUGAUGAGAUGUUUGUGGAUAUUUUCAAGUUGAUUCCUUACUUACGUCAGAUAUCUCUGAAAUCUGAAUAUGUUGACCAUUUUGCCUUGUGUUACUUCUUCCCUUGUUGUGACUUAGUGUAUCGCAGGGGUAAAUAUGCUGCCACUAACUACACCAGUACAGCAUAUCCGGAGUACUGUUCGGGUGUCGCCUAUGCAGCAUCUAUGAAAGUCAUCAAUCAACUUUAUCUCAUGUCUAUUGACACACCAAUGUUCAUGCCAGAUGAUGCUUGGGCAGGGGUCCUUGCUGAGAAACUUCGUCUGAAAUUCAUUGACACUGAUUAUGUUUUUGAGGGUAUUUCUGUCAAAAAUGGCAUACUGAAGAAGUUUAUGAAUCCUGACUAUCUUGGCAGUGCAACUAUGAUUGCAGUGUUGGACUAUGUAUUUCCUAACCAAGAAGCUGUCAUCAUUCGUCACUUGUGGCGUAUUGUUCUUGAUCAUCACCGGAAGUCUUUCUUACGUAAUCAAGUGGCAGUUAAAAAGAUGAAUUUAAAUACUGACUGGGAGAUACUUGAAACAAACAAUGUUUUUUAUUUGGUUGCUUAUAUGAUGUUUGUUGAUGUGUUUGUUGUUGGGAUCAUUUUAUGCUUAUUGUUUUAUCGAAGAAAAAUCAAAUUAGGCUGCAAAGCAUCAUACCAAUGUCUGAAUUACUGACAGUUUCUUUAUAAAUCCUUCCACUCUCUACAGAAGUUCCAUAAAACAACCAAGAAGUUUUGUACUUCAAUAUAUUAUGGGUGUACUAUAUUUUAAGUCAAUGUAAUAUAUAGUGUAAACAUGUAGUGUAAACAAUCAAACGUCUUCACUAUCUUUUCAAAUAUUGCUGCAUUUCACAUGGAAUUUUUGGUUCUCCAGAGAUAUCUUGGUGUAUAAGUUGACUUAACCUUUUUUGGCUGUAAACUUAAAUCUGAAAGAUUCAACUUGUAUGCUGGAAAAUACAGUAGGUGUUUUGAGAGAAAAAAAAAGGACUAAAAAGAGAUGCAAAUGUUUAAUACUUUUUUCUAUUUUUAUUAAGAACACAUUCUAAAAAUAUGUGGAGUAAUUUAUUUUUUCAUGCUUGAUAGCUGUUUAGUAAGGCAUAAUAUUUGUAAUUCUUUUGUCUCAUUUCACCUUAUUCAACUUGACAUCAUUUUCUAUCAUUCUAGGGCAAGAGUUGAAGGAAAGUUCCUUGAAUAUUUAGGCCAUAAACUGGCUUAAUCAUAGAAUCCAACAAUCUGAUAUGGUCCGAUUCCAAAAAGCUGGCAGACCAUAUUUACAUAUACAUACAUAUAGAUAUACAUACAUUCACACAAGUAAUACAUACAUAUGUACGUGCAUACUCACACACACACACAAAGUGUGCUGAAAAGUUUCAGUCUUUGGGUAAAAGAAAAUACAGGAGGAUCAGCUAAUUAUUAGUUAUUUAUUCACCAUAUUCCCCUCUCAGAUUCACACACUUAUUGCAGAGGUCCUUCAGUUUUUCUAAGCCCCUGUAAAAGAACUUGGAAGGCUGGGCCUCCAACCAGGCCUUUCACAAUAUCCUUAAAGCCAGGAACUUUUCAGCACCCCCUUGUGUGUAUGUAUAUAUAUAUAUAUAUAUAUAUAUAUAUAUAUAUAUAUGCAUUUGUCACUUCAUAAAAAAAAUGUACCCUGUCCAUUUAAUUGCACAGUUCACUUGAAUAUUUCAGAUUGUUGAAAUGAUGACUAACUUCCCCAUGUACGUGUGUUUAUGUACAUAUAUAUCACAUCCAGUUGGAUCCCAUUCAUCUGUCUUCUCCUUACUUCCUUGUACCCCUAUCAUCAUCUCUACAUCACAGUUUUCUUUUAAAAUUGUGUGUGCAUAUGCAUCUGUAUAUCUAUCUAUUUCUCACUCCUCUUUCUCUCUCUCCCCUCAUAUAUAUAACACAAAUUUUAAUUCCUACAAUCUUAUCUCUUCCCUUACAUUGCUAAUGCUUUUCAGGAAACCAUGGACAUCACACAGUCUCAUUUCAGUUCUCAUACAGAGCUAAACUCUUAUCUCAUUUAAAAUAUAAAUUUUUCAUAUUUUAUUUUCCUUCACUGUUCAUUAUGAAUAUUUGUAUCAUAUUUUUGCAGUUUUUGUAUUUAAAUUUUAAAAUAUUGACCUUAAUUUUUAAAUCCUAGCACUUUACAUAUAUUUAUAUGUGUCUGUGUAUGUAUGUAUAUAUGUGUAUAUAUAUAUAUGUGAGUGUGUACAUAUAAGCAUACAUACAUAUGUGUAUGUUUUUAUAUGUUCAUAUCUAUAAUAUAUAGAUAUGUAUACACACACACACUCACACAUUUAUAGACAUAUAUACUUAUAUAUACACACAUAUAUACAAAUACACACACACACACACAUAUAUAUACACAUAAAUACAUACACACAUGGACAUACAUAUGUGCACACACACAACAGAUGCACAUGCAUAUACAUUUGUUUCACCUGAACAAAUGUAUCCGUAAAUCAUCAGCUUCAAGUGACACACACACACACACAUAUAUUUCUUCACUCACUCUACCAAGUUUUCUAUUCUACAUUUGUUGUCAUAAUGCCAACCCAGGCUUUACGCUUAACAGGAAAAUACCUUCCAUAACCAAACAUGGCAUCAUGGCAUAAUAUCUUCUCUCUGUACACAUCAAAUCUCUUGUGUGUGACUAAAGAAGUAAAUGAUAGCUUUAUUGGAAUUGUGUCUCCAGUUUGUGGCAUUGUUAGCUGCUGCAUUUGUCACUUCAUUAAAAAAAAAAAUGUACCAUGUCCAUUUAAUUACACAGUUCAAUUAAAUAUUUCAAAUUGUUAAAAUAAUGACUACCUCCCCCAUGUAAUAGCAUUCUUAAAAUUUUAUUACUAAUGUUAUUGUUGUUAUUAUUAUUAUUAUUAUUAUUAUUAUUAUUAUUAUUAAUAUAUUUUUGGCUCUUUAUGUUUAAAUUCUGGUGAAGUUAAUUUUACCUUUCAUCCUUUGGAGGGUUGAUAAAUUAAGUAUCAGUCAAGCGUUGUGGUCAGUGUAAUUGCCUUACCUACUCCCCUCAAAAUUUCAGAUCUUGUGUCUGUACUAUAAACAGUUAUUGGUAUUAAGGUGGAAAGCUGGCAGAAUCAUUAACAUGCUAUACAAAAUGCUUAACAGUAUUUCGUUUGUCGUCAUGUUCUGAGUUCAAAUUCCACCAAGGUUGACUUUGCCAUUCAUUUGUUCAGGGUCAAUAUAAGUACCAGUUGAGUACUCGUGUUUGGGGUUUGUACCUAUAAUAGAAAGGAUGAUGAUUAUUAUUAUUAUUAUUAUUAUUAUUAUUAUUAUUAUUAUUAUUAUUAUUAUUAUUAUUAUUAUUAUUAAGGCAGGAAGCUGGCAGAAUUGUGAGCACACUGAGUAGAAGUCUUUGCAGCAUUUCACCCAUCUUUACAUUCUAAGUUCAAAUCUGCUGGGGUCAACUUAUCCUUUCAUUCUUUUGGAAUCGAUAAAAUAAGUACUAGUUGAGGACUGGAGUUGAUGGAAUUGACUUAACCAAAAUUGCUGGCUUUGUGCUAAAAUUUGAAAUCAUUAUUAUUAUUGUUAUUAUUAUUAAUCCAAGGUCGACUUUGCUUUUCAUCCUUUCGGGGUUGAUAAAUUAAGUACCAGUCAAGUACUGGGGUCGAUGUGAUAAAUUUACCCCCUUCCCCAAAAUUUCAGGUCCUAUGUCUACAGUAGAAAGGAUUAUUAUUAAUAUUAAGACAGCAAGCUGGCAGAAUCGUUAGAAUGCCAAGCAGAAUGCUUAGUGGCAUUUUGUCCAUUUUUAUGUUCUAAGUUCAAAUUUCACAGAGGUUGACUUUGCCUUUUAUCCUUUUGGGGUCAAUCGACUUAUUCCCUCCCUGCAUAGUAGAAAGGAUUAUUAUUAUUUUAUGUUUGGCUUUUGCUUUGUAUUUGUACAAGUUGAAUCCAAGUUUCACCCAGAGACCUCAAGAAACAACAAGUUAGAAGUUCCAAGUUCGUGUUACAACUAGGGUGCCAUAUUUUAGGUUCUGCACAAAGUAUUAUUUGAAUUUGGUUUUGCAUGGAAGUUUUGUUCUAGAGAAUAUCUGUUAAAACAUAAGCAAAUUAGAAGUUUGUUUUAAAAGAAAUUUGAUUAUAAGAUGAUAGUCUGAUGUUAAGAUGACAGUAAAAAGUGUUUGCUGUUACGUACAUUAAAAGUAUUUUGACACUGUUUAUGGAUUAAAAUAUUUUGGGGAUUACAUAAACAAUAUUUUACAAGGCGGUGAGCUGGCAGAAACGUUAGCAUGCCAGGCAAAAUGCUUAGCAGUAUUUCGUCUGUCUUUACAUUCUGAGUUCAAAUUCCGCUGAGUUUGAUUUUGCCUUUCAUCUUUUCAGGGUCGAUAAAUUAAGUACCAGUUACAUACUGGAGUCGAUCUAAUCAACUGGCCCCCUCCCCAAAAAUUUUGGGCUUUGUGCCUAGAGUAGAAAAGAAUAUUUUACAUAGGAUAUGGGCAGUUCCUAUGAGCACUAUUUUUUUAAUUUCUUCCAUUUUGGGAUUUCCUGGUAUAUGAGCUAGGUAGCAAUCAGCCCCUUUUGCUAUCAUUCCUAGGGCACCUAUGACAACAGGUAUUGUUUUAGUCUUGAGGUUCCACAUUUUGCCAAUUUCUAUUUCAAGACCUUUAUUCUUGCUCAGUUUUUGGUAGGUCUUGACAGAUACAUUUAUGUUGAUUGGGACAGUCAUAUCAAGAAGAGGGAUGAUUUUUGUCUGAAAUCCUUCGAUAUGUCUGCCCUAUUUGAUCUAUCUUUCUGUCAGUUUGAACAGGGAAGUUCCAAAAGUGUGAGAUGUGGUCAUUUUCAAGCAUUGGUGGUGGUUUGUGUUCCCACCAGUUUUUAUCAUGGUGCAGGUCCAAGUCUUUCCAAAUUACCCAGUGAAUAUACUGCACUGCUCUACCAUGCCUAUUGAGAUAAUCUUUAGUAUGAUGUUCUCUUGUUUUUGUGCUUUAAGACAAGUUUUUAACAUCCACUCAUCAGAGUUUUACAGGUAGGUGUUUAGGCCAAUUGUGGCAAUCUUCAUUGUUAAUUCCAGUUGUAAAAGUGCACAGCCACCCUCUUUUCUUGACAGGUAAAGUCGUUCUAUAUCUGCCCUAGGGUGGUGCAUUCCAUGCAUUGUCAACAAUUUUCAUAUUUUGCUGUCAAGAUUACAUAUUUCAGUAAUUGACCAGUAAAUAAUAUUGAAGCUGUUAGUCACGACUGAUAUGGUUAAAGUGUUGAUCUUUUCGAUCCUGUUUCUUGCAUUCAGCUCUGUCUUGAGUAUUGCCCUUAACCUGCAAUAAUAUUCUUUACUGAUCUUUUCCCUCAUCAUCAGUAUUAUUGUUAUUAUUAUCAUUGUUGUUGUUGUUGUUGAGGUGGUGAGCUAGCUGAAUCGUUAGCAUGCCGGGCGAAAUGCUUAGCAGUAUUUUGUCUGCUGCUACGAUGUGAGUUCAAAUUCCACUGAGGUCAACUUUGCUUUUCAUCCUUUCAGGAUUGAUGAAAUAAGUACCAGUUACGUACUGGCGUCGAAGUAAUCAGCUAUCCCCUCCCCCAAAUUUUCAGGCCUUGUGCCUACAAUAGAAAGGAAUAUUAAUUUUAUUAUUAUUGAGGCAAGACCUUCGUACAUUGGGCCUCACCGAGGCGAUGACUACGGACCGAGACCUUUGGAAAUGGGCUGUGCGUGAGAAGACCCGGCAAGCCAAGUAAGAUCGUUGCCAGUGCCCCUGGACUGGUUCUUGUGCGGGUGGCACAUGAGAUGCACCAUUUUGAGCGUGGCCGUCGCCAGUACCGCCUGACUGGCUCCUGUAGGAUUUUCGAGCGAGAUCGUUGCCAGUGCCCCUGGACUGGCUUGUGCGGGUGGCACAUAAAAGACACCAUUUCGAGCGUGGCCGUUUUCGUGCGGGUGACACGUAAAAGCACCCACUACACUCUCUGAGUGGUUGGCGUUAGGAAGGGCAUCCAGCUGUAGAAACUCUGCCAAAUCAGACUGGAGCCUGGUGUUGCCAUCCGGUUUCACCAGUCCUCAGUCAAAUCGUCCAACCCAUGCUAGCAUGGAAAGCGGACGUUAAACGAUGAUGAUGAUGAUGAUGAUGAUCAUCAUUGUUAUUAUUGUUGUUGUUAAGGUGGCAAGCUGGCAGAAUUGUUAGUACAUUAGGAAAAAUGCUUAAUGGCAUUUCAUCCAUCGUUACAUUCUCAGUUCAAAUUCCACCAAGGUUGACUUUGCCUUUCAUCCUUUCAGGGUUGAUAAAUUAAGUACUAGUGAAGCACUUGGAUCAAUGUAAUCAACUGGUCUACUCCCACAAAAUGUCAGGUUUUGUGCCCAUAGUAGAAAGGAUUGUUAUUAUUAUUAAGGCAGUGAGUGAGCUGGAAGAAUCAUUAGCACACCAGACAAAAUGCUUAGCAGCAUUUCAUCCAUCUUUACAUUCUGAAUUCAAAUUCUACCAUGGUCGACUUUGCCUUUCAUCCUUUCAGGGUUGAUAGAUUAAGCACUAGGGUCAGUGUAAUCAACUGGUCCUCUCCCCCAAUAUUUCAGGCCUUGUGCCUUUAGUAGAAAGGAUUAUUAUUAUUAUUAUCAUCAUAUGGGCAUUAAAAGCAGUGAGCUGGUAGAAUUGUUAGAGCAUUAGACAAAAUAACUGACAGUAUUUCUUAGUUCAAAUUCCACCUAUGUCAACCUUGCCUUUCAUCCCUCCAAUAAAUCAACUACCAGUCAAGUACUGGGAUUGAUAAUGUCGACUAUCCUCUACCCAUCAAAUUGCUGGCAUUGUGCCUAAAUCAGAAACCAUUAUAACAAAGUGAUAAAGGAUUUUUUUUUUUCAUUUUCUACUGCUGAAGUUAUAACUGCAUUUAAAUUAAAAUUUGGGUUGAUGUGGGUUGGGUCAAAUUAAAGCUAUUACCAGGAAUUUAGUACAAGAUAUUCUACUGAUUCAUUCUUUAGUGAGAAUAAAAUGUAUUUAAAACUGCUGAGUUGUAAUCCUUUCUCACUUAGCUGAAUGAAUGAAUCUAGGGAAAUUGCUUUAAAUUGCUUUUUAUCAAAAUUCAUUUUCAGAUUUCAUCCAAAGACAGAUAUACAAUAUAAUGUUUCUUCAUUUUAAAGCAUCAUUGUAAUUUAUUUUGGUACACACUGCUGAUUACUUCCAGCAUAUAAUUAUUCUAGCUGGAAAUACUUGUCCAUUAAUUUGUUCCAGUCUUUGUCUUUUACUACACAACACUUGGCAACAGGAAUGUUAGCGGUGGUGUUAUUGUUGUUGUAUUUUAUGUUGAUGUCUUCUCUUUCCUUGUUUGAAUUUUAAAUUAAAAUAUUUACUCUUUACUUUUUA